AUGGCCUCAGCGCCAUCGCCGCUGCGCGACCGUUUACUCUCCAACUCUCCCGACCCUGUCAAAAACCAUAUCCUUCGCGAGUCGGGUCAUGGCUGGACAGAGGGCUCCCCCAAGGGCAGCCCCAACAUUUCUCCCCUCCGAAUCGCUAAACGUGAAUCGCCUGUUCGCCGACCUCCCCCUUCGGUCGCUCGCAGGAAUUCAUCCAGUUUCAAACAUGUAAAGAAUAACAACCUCGUCUCCAAGUCGCCCUUCAAAUCACAAAUCCCCAAAUCGCAAACCCCCACCUCUGCCACCUCCUUCCUUAUGUCGCCAACGCGUCGUGUUUCUGGCGAGAAACGGCCUCGUCCGCAGAGCAUGCAUGACCAAGCGGAGGCGGAGAAUGACAGGCCAUUCGCAUUCAAGCGCGAACGUCGUCAGUCCAGGACCUAUCAAGGUCUCAUGCAGAAAGAGCCAGUCACCAAGAGUCCUUUCCGCCAAGACUCUCAACCACCACCGGCUCCCAUACCACCCGUUCCGCCAACCCCCUCACGAAUACCCGUGAUGGCAACUACUAGUGCUUCACCUGUUCGCUCGUCACUAGUCUCAAAGCGAAUGCAUGGUCCGCGUGGCAGCAAUACCAGUCGAGAGCGGCGCGAGGAGCGGAAAGUCACUUUCAACGAAGCUUGCGACGUGGUAGAGUUUGAUCUGGAAUCCGAGGAGGAGGAGGAGCUGGUCUCUGAAGAAGGCAACAGUGCGGAUAUAGAUCCUGACAGUACUCCCGAAGACCCAUUUAUUCAACAAAGCCCGCCACCUCAAGAAUCAUCCUACGAUAGUGUUGAUCUCUCCGACGCAUCCAUGCUUCCAGACACUUCCAUGCCUCUCGAGCUUGACCCUGACGUCAGUAUAACUGGCAUUGUUGAUGCUAUGUUCUUCGCUCCAGCAGAUGGCACGAGCACGCCGCCCCCCCACCUGGGGUCAUCUCACACUCGUACAUACGAGUUCACGCCAGACCACCCUACAGAUCUCGACACUGAAGAAGGGAUCCCAUUUGGUCGUUCUCAUCAUGCUGAGCGUUCUGCGGCAUUUCACGCUCAUCAAGCACAUCCAGCGCCAAUUCCCCAACCGCAAUUAUCAGCGAGUCGACCAUUACCGCGUCCAGACAUGGCUCGAUCACGUUCAGCCACACCUCCACACUCUGUCGAAGACCAUGCUACACCUCCACUGGGUCGCACAACACAUUUUGAACGGCGUCAUACAGCGGCAGCAGAAGACCAUUAUUCUGAGGACGAGAAUGAGGCUCGUGAUGUGGCGCGUCUACCGGGCUCGCCGUCUCCGGCGCCGGGUCGCGUUUCCGACUUUGUGGAAAUCGGGGUUUCUCGUUUUUCUUUGCCCAGCGGUGGAGGCUCUGGUACUGGUUCGGACCCAUUUUCCCUUCCACAACUAAGAGACGAAUCACUCCCCCAUGAUGGUGACGAUAGUCGUGAUUUGAGUUUGCGACGGAGCGAGUCCGAUCGACUUCUUUCAGAGAAGUUCGAGCAAGGAUCUCCACGUCCGGCCGGCAUGGAUAGUCCCAGCGGUGGCCGACCACGCAUCAGUCGGGAAGAUGUCCAGCGUCGCAUGCGAGCGAGGAGUGCCACUCCAGAACUAGAAGAGCCUCGUCUUGCUGAGCGAAUGGACGUGGUUGAUGAAGAGGAAAAUACCUCUCAUGACCAGAGUAGCGAGAUGCAGGACAACAGCGUGAUGGCAGACGAUGAUGAUGACGAGUUUAAAGAGGAAAGGGAAGCGGAAGCGAGAUGGGAACUUGCUCAACAAGAGGAGCGGGAGGGAAGUGCGAGCACGGAGAUUGCUGUGAUUGAAACAGCUGAGAGACGCAUCGUCAAUCCGCAAAGUCCACGCAACGAAGAGCCGGUUUUGUCGCCAAGUCUCGGGCUGGACUUUGGGACUCAGUUUGGGAUGGACAUGCUCAGUCUUCCUGCCAUCUCCGGUAGCGUGAAUUCACGCCUGAGCGGGACCUCAUCAAUGCGAACUGCUGAACGCCUGGAACCCGAGCGUAUGUCGGUGGAUAUGGACACCCGUAGUGCUCUUGACCGACUGAUGGAAGAUGUGGCUGGCGCAGGCGGUUUUGAAGAAGGCGAUGAGUCAGUCCGAACCGACGAGGUUGAGACACCUACAAGCCCCACGAAUCCACAUGCAAUCACCAGAGCAGCAACUGACUCUGCCCUUCUUCAGAUCGGUGACGGGCUUGCGGCUGGCACUGGGCUUAGCCGCACUGUCAGUGUUGCAUCUUCUUCCUCCUUGUUGAGCCUCCCUCCCCCAGUACCACCCAAGGACAACAUCCACUCUCGGGAAACCAGGGAGGCUAUGAUUCUUGAAGCACGUCGCGAAAGGCGACGCAUGGAGGAAGGUGACGAUUAUCGACCUCAAUCAACGGGCCAUCUUCGCGCUGGCCGACCCAGUGCUCGACGAAGCAUGAGUACUGGUGAUGUUCAAGACCUCGUUCAAAUGCGAAAUGACGGACUGCUUGAUAUCGGCAAGGACGAUCUACUCGGCGCUACAAUCCAGAAGGAACUGAACAAGCGGGAUGAACCCCAGAAGCGGAAAUACCAUGUUCGUGAACGUGAAGGACUGAUUUACGCGUCUUCAUCAGAUCCUGAUGGCAUAUCACAUCUUGCUGGUGCCGGUGAUCUGGAUGUGGGGAAAGCCUGGCGGACAGUCCGUCGGCCAUCUGAUAUGAAUGAAUACUCCAAGCAGAUUAAAGAGUACCGCGCCCAACAAAACCCAGGUAAAGCGUUCGGCAAGGUUUUUGUGAAAGUUGUCGGCGUCAGAGGCAUACACCUACCGCUUCCAACGGAAACAACUGCGUUAACUUGCACCCUCAACAACGGCAUUCACUUUGUUACAACUCCAGAAUUCCCGCUAGGUGCGGAUUGUCCUAUUGAUCAAGAAUUCGAGCUCAUUGAACACAGCAAACUGGAAUUUACCAUGACCAUCAAAGUCCGAAAAGACCCUCAUAUCGCCAAGCAAUUCAAGUCUCUGACGCCAACCCCGACACCUGUUGCACCUAUCCCGCCUCCCAUGGUUCAGCCAGCACCAUCGAAACCGGCGAAACGCAGCUUUUGGUCUUCAUCACCAAAGAAGUCCAAAGACAAAGCGCCGCCACCACAGCCACAACCUGUUCCCACUCCGGUUGUCACCCAAGGUCCUUUGCGACUGCCAGAGAACCUAGCGCGAUAUUUGAAGCCUGAUGGGACGCUGGCGCGUUCGUUCAUUGCGUUCAAAGACAUCGCUCAACGUUGCGACACACGCUUGUUUGAAAGCAGCUACCCGCUCAUCGGACAGCGUCUUGAACUUGGCGGCAAAUCUUCCACGUUGCAGGUCGGAGAACUUGUUCUUCAAAUCUUGAGGCUUCCUCCGCUGUCUGGGAUACCUCCUGAUCAGCUGCCUCAAAGUUUAGACGAGUCUUUGCGAGGGCUGCGGCAUAUCAAUUGGCACAAGGUAACCUACUUCCAAGGAACGUUGACGCAGAAUGGCGGAGAUUGCAGUACAUGGCGACGACGGCAAUUCCGUGUCGUUGGAGCAAGUCUGAUCUCUUUCAACGACGUGACGAAAAAAGCGACAGCGACUAUCGAUCUGAAAAAGGCGGUUGCCGUGGAGGACGACCAGGAGGCGCGAGGAGCAAUGAGCCCGGCAUCGAAUAUGACUGGACGGAGCAGCAGAUACGACGAAUAUGAUGGGCUUUAUGGGGUUGAGCGGUCAUUCCGUCUGAUCUUCCCGAACAACCAGGAGAUUUCGUUCUUUGCUGAUACGGACGAAGAAAAGUCGAAAUGGCUGGAGAUUCUGCGUGCGCUUGUUGGUCAUAUUCCGCCGCAUCCGUUGUGGGCCGAAUUGUUAUGGCAGCGACAGGAGGAAUUGAGCAGGCGGCCAGUUAGUGGCGCGCCGCAACCAGAAUCAUAG